UAUUUUUAUUUUUAUUACAGGAAUUAAAUGGCACAAUAGGCGAAAGAUAUUAACACCUACGUUUCAUUUUAAUAUAUUAAAACAAUUUGUUGAAAUCUUGAUUGAAGAAGGAAAUCAUAUGACGAAAUCUCUGAAAGAUAUGAAAGGAUCUGUUGAUGACUUAAUGUCCUUUAUCAGUCAUCAUACAUUAAAUGCUAUAUGUGAAACCGCCAUGGGUACUUCCUUGCAAGACAUGAAGAGUGAUGUUCAGCAACAAUAUCGUGAGGCAGUCUACGACAUAGGAGAGAUUCUAAUUUAUAGAUUAAUGAGACCGUGGUUAACUCCCAAAAUGAUAUUUUCAUUAACUUCAAUGGGGGAAAAACAUGAGAAAGCUUUAAAAAUAUUGCAUGGUUUUACCGAAAAGAUUAUUGCGGAAAGAAAGCAAUAUCAUGAAAGUACUGGUGGACGAUACUUAAAGCAUUUGGAAGAUGAUACAGUAGACGAUAAAGAGAUAAUAGGAAUUAAGAAAAAACGACUCGCUAUGUUGGAUCUUUUGAUAGCGACGGCUCAUAACGGACUGAGUGAUAUGGACAUCAGAGAAGAAGUCGAUACUUUCUUGUUCGAAGGGCAUGAUACCGUAGCAAUGGGACUGACUUAUGCAAUAUUGCUGCUAGCUGAACAUAAAGAUGCACAGGAAUGCAUCAGAAGUGAAGUUAAUGCAAUCAUGCAAGCAAAUGGAGGGAAACUUACUAUGUCAGCGUUAAAUGAUAUGUCAUACUUGGAAAGAUGUUUGAAAGAAUCAUUAAGAUUAUAUCCCAGUGUUCCUUUAAUAUCGCGUGUCUUAUCGGAAGAUGUAAAAAUGCGAUCAUAUUUGGUGCCUUCUGGAGCAGUUCUGCAUAUAAAUAUUAUCGAUAUUCAUCGAGAUCCCAAUUACUGGCCAAAUCCAAAAGUUUUCGAUCCAGAUAGAUUUUUGCCUGAGAAAAUUCAAAAACGUCAUCCUUAUUCCUACUUACCGUUUAGUGCAGGACCACGAAAUUGUAUAGGACAACGGUUUGCUAUGCUGGAACUGAAAGCUAUAAUGGCAUCGUUGAUAUACAACUUUUAUCUCGAACCUGUCGAUUAUUUGAAGGAUCUUGAGUUCAAGACGGAUCUAACACUCCGAGCUACGUGUCCAAUCCGUACACGAUUUGUACCAAUUGAUCACUGAUGCUACCUGGUUCAUUUAAUUUUUGCUCAUAUUAUAUAUACGCCUUGAUAUACAAGAAUUAAAAGAAAGGAUAAACCGGAAAAAUGAAAUAAAUUCGAAAAAAAUUUUCAAUUAUUUCACAAUGAUCUUAUUAUUGUCCUUAUGCAUCUUUAUUGUAUUAAUGUAUUUCAUUCUUU